AUGCCGUUCUUCUCCAGAGUCUUCAAGCAUAGGGACGGCCCACGAGCUUCUUCGAAGCUCGACAAGCACGCCAACGGGAACGACUCGGCUAUCGCUCUCCCAAAGCCACGAUGGGAAGACGCGUGGUCACGCAAGGAGGUUGCCCCGGAGGAGAUCCAGGAAUUAAUCCACGUGUGCACCCAGGAAAUGAAGUCCAGAGCCCUCGACAUGCCAUUCCUUCUGUUACCGUUCCGACUUCACUCCGACCCCAGUGCUGCUCGCAGCUUUAUCCGGAAUUUCUUCAAGUCCUCGUGUGAGCGGACCGCACUAUGCACCGGCGCUGGCCUGCGCCACGAGCUGCGACUAACGGAGCCCAUGGUGCUCUGCAGCAUUAUGAAAUGGUGCUGGAGCAGAAUGCCGCAAGGCGUUGUCACGUGGGAUGCAUACGAGAUGUUCAAGAUGGGCGAAAAAGACUCCAACAUGGCUCGACACGCCUUCAAUGCCUUUAUCCCGAUUAGCGUGGACUCCGACGCCCGAAAAGAAAUCAUAUUCGACUUCUUCGAUCUGCUGGCUGCCGUGGCCGCAAGAGGGAAGACCAACGGCUUGGGCGGCAGGAAAUUGUCGCGGAUGGCUGGAUGGUGGGCGUUUGAACACUCGGAUGGAGGGAAAGGGUUUGAUGGGGGAUACCGAUCCUGGGCAAGUGCCGCUGAUGCGACGAGCCACUUGUUCUUCGCCUACCUCCGUUCUCUGUCGCCAGAUUCCGUUACUGGCGUUAGUGGCAUAUCCACGUUACCGCGCUCACUCCAAGCGCUUCUCUCACAGACCGAGUACCCUCCGGAAACUCCAAUGCUUAUGCAGACGUCAACGACAAAGGUGGUUAUGAUAGUGGAUCAGGUGUCUCCGACCCCAUUCGCGCUGCUGCGAAGGGCGAAAAAUUUCGCAUAUCGCGAUGACGACCAAGUCCUGCAGCAAUUCUCCGCUUACGAUGACCCUAUCAGAGCACUCAGUGACGAAUGUCGCCGCGUGCUCAAUUGCAUUUCCAACACAAAUCAGUCCGUCAACGUCAACAACGACAGUGCUUCUGGUGUCCCGGAUGCUUCUUGGUCCCGCUUCGAAGACAUGGGCUUCUCGGCUGUUGACGAUGUAAGCAGUAUCGGCUCUAACGGAUCCGGAUUUGGCAGCAAACAGAACGGCAUGCAAGGUCUUCGAUCAACCCCAGGUUCCCGACCGGCUGAACUUGGACGCCCCACCACUCCAUCUUGGGCUGACUUCCUGUCGUCCGGCUUCGUAGAAGAGAACGGUAAACCUUCGCCCGCUCCUUUACUGCUUCCUCCGGGCAAGGUGCUGCCUCCGCUAAGCGUCUCACGUGUUCAAAGCUCUCAGUCAGUGCUUAGCAAUGUGACGCAAGACAGCAGUCUCGAGCCAGGCGAGCUUGCCAGCAUCACCCAGUUCGAGCUAGACGAGACAUUCUGGUGGGUCUGGAUGACAAGCUUGGCCAACGAGGAGUCGACUGAACGGAAAGCCGUAUUUGGUCGCUGUGCUCUUAUCGAAACUCGCAUUGGCGGCGGUAAGUGGCUCGUCAUGGAGGAGCAGGUGAAAGGAGCUUCCCCAGGGCCGGAAGAGGGCGCUUACAUCGCGGAGAAGAAGGGCCGCUUCAGCUUCACUAAACGUGGCCGUCUGGGACGACGCAAGUCGACCGGGAAGAAACCUGUUCCGAAAGUGGAGGAGCCGUACAACCGGACCAACGCCAGCACCCCAAUGAGCAAGACCAGCAUUGGACCUGACCAGCAUGCGAGGAUCCAAGCCGCUGCGGCGGAGCUCGCGCGGAAGCAAAGGGAGCAAGUCGCAGGUGCCGAGGCUCAACGUCGCGGUCGGACUAACGAUGAAUCAUACGAUAAGACCACCAGCGUCAUGACACUGCAGCCACUCUUGAACGACGAAGCUGGCCUGGCGAUGAAGUGGGCAAGAGAAUUCGAUAGGGGUGUCAUACGGGAGAAAUACCUAGGGGACAUCAAUCUAGGCGCAGGCCCAUCAAGGGAGAAUGUCUACGCGGGUGGCAGCACAACUACCCUGCCAAAAGCUAAUGGUAUUCUAUCACCCGGGUUGCCUAGGGAAAUCUCAAACCGCGAUCUACCCUCUUUGCCCGCAGAGACGGAAAUGCGGACACCAGACUCAGAGGUGCCAUCACCACCACCAGCGCCCCUACCGGUUGCGCCGAAGUCAUAUGACGUACAAGCUCUCAGGCUCGAAGCCGCUGCUGUUACCAAAGUACCAAUCCCGAUGGUCACUCCCGUGGCUGACGAUAAGGCAACUCCCAUAGUCCCUAGCCCAGAGACCAGCCCGAUUAUGGAACAGCAUCCGGCCUUCAGACAGAACGUGCCCGAGCGGAGACCAGUCGAGUCGCCUAGAGCAAGCACAACAGACGAGCCGGUCAAGCGGGCGUGGGAGUCGAAGUCUUCUAGCCCAGAAGCUGCGAUUAACAAGGAGCCUCCGCCGCCGAAGAAACUGGCGAAGACACAGGGCGCCGUUGGAUUCAAGAAGAUGUUUGGAAAACCGAGAGGUGAUGGAAUGGACCGUCCACACGCUCAGCAGCUUACUACCGUCCAAUCUGGUCUUCAACCGCCUACGACGAACCUUGGACGCCGUAUGUCGGCGCUUCGAAAGAGGCCUCCGCCAUCUCAGCAAGCCGUGCAGCCGUCUGUUGAGAUGGUUGCCGCCAAAGAGCCUGCAUCCUUAGUGGCUGCCGAGCCAAUUUCCUCCGAGGUUGCUGGGCCGAGCCCUCCACCCGCGUACACACAUACACAUGAUUACGGCUAUCCAACUGCUCCAGUACCUGCUGCUCCUGCACCCGCUGCUACCGUACCUGCCGCACAUGAGCACUAUGAGCCCGAACAGCCAACCACUAAAUUCAACCAGGGCCCUCUAGAAGACAUGCCCGCGUACGUUCCAGAUGCCGUUCCAGAGGAGGCAGCCAGGCCACCGUCGCCGCCGAUACAAUUCAGGACACGAGCUGCGGCCGCGCUUUACCAGAAUGCACACCCUAGCCAGGCCGACCUCGUUGCAAAAGGGCUCGAAGUAGUUCAGGACGAUGCUUCGGAGACCUCUGUAGAUCUUACGCGCUCAGUCUCGCCAGCACAGGACAGAUGGGCACAGAUCCGAAAGAACGCUGCGGAGCGCGCGGCCAGGAUGGAGGAGGAGUCUAAGCGGAACAACAGCCAGAUCAAUCUUGCGAACGGCACCACUGAGGAUCCUGACACAAGCGGCGAAGAGACGAUAGAGUCGCGUGUGGCCCGCAUCAAGGCUCGCGUUGCUGAGCUUACUGGCAAUCCGGACGGUCAAAGCCCUGUCGCCGCACCAGUCAGGCGGUAUUAG